GGCGCUAGCUCGCAGCAAAGGCGGCUGUGAGUGGAGGCGCAGGCGCAGGUGGCGGCCGCGGGGUUGGGGGGAGACGCAAGUAAACAAGACUCCCCUCACCCAAGCGACCGCUCCCCAGGACGGAUCGAAUACCGGGGUGAGAAACGCGGGCGGGAAGUUUUUCUUCACUGGGCCAGAAAUUGGUAGACUGACAACUUAAAAAUGCAGAGGUAUUUCCUUCAGGCCAUCCUCUGGCACUCAAAACAAGUUUGCAAUGCUCGGCCAUGUGCCACACUCCUGUUUACAGCUACCUCUGGGAAAAUGCCUUUCCUUAUCCCACACUGGGGGCAACUCCUGUACACAUCACGUCCAGUCAUUGCCUCUGAACAGAGAAGGCCAAAUCUGCAGGAUGAACCAUUUACCACACACCACAAGGGCGUUGGGCAGGAGCCCAAGACUUUGCCAGGGAAUGACCCACAGCAAGAUACCUUGUCGGAGUCAGUUCAGAAAACCUACUUUUCCCACACAAAACUGAAUCAAGAGGCAGCAAGUGUGGAAACGGAUCCCCUCCAGGACCCUUCGAUAGGCCUUUUUCAAAGAUUCAAGAGGACAUUCAAACAGUAUGGGAAAGUCAUGAUUCCAGUGCAUCUGUUGACAUCCACUAUGUGGUUUGGUGCAUUCUAUUAUGCAGCAUUGAAAGGUAUUAAUGUGGUUCCAUUCCUUGAGUACAUUGGAGCGCCCAAGGGUAUAAUACAAAUUUUGAGUCAUUCUCAUGGUGGAAAUGCACUGACUGCUUAUGCUUUGUAUAAGCUUGCCACACCAGCCAGGUACACUGUAACAUUGGGAGGAACAUCCUUUGCAGUUAAGUAUCUCCGCUCACGUGGUUACUUACCGACACCCCCUCCAAUGAGAGAGUAUUUACAGGAUAGAAUGGAAGAAACCAGAGAGCGAUUCUCAGAAAAAAUGGAGGAAACAAAAGAACUUCUUAGUGAGAAGAUACAAGAAACCAAAGACAUGGUCUCCUUCAGGAAAAAGAAAGAAUAAAUCUGUGGAGGGCAAACUGUUAAAAAUCUGAAAACAUCGACCACCCCUGAGUUUCAAAGCUGAGAUACUUUGUUAAGUAACACUCUAAACUCUUGGUAUCUGGGAAUUGCCAAUGGUUUGUUGUGAUAUCAGGCAGUGUUGAAAUGGUUUCCGAAACAAUUAGAUAAUCUUGUGUGGAACAUUUUAAUAACUUGGGAGGAAGAAGGGUAACAAAAAUGGACUCGCAACAGAUAUCCUGUAUCCAGUGGUGUCAGAAAAGGAAAUUCAGUAGAUUAUCAUACUCUAGUUUCUACAUAGACUGGUUAACCUUAGAGCAUUUCAAAUGAGUUCAAGACUCUAACACCUUUAAAAGAAUUUCAGUCACUGAAAUGUCUACUGAAAUGGACCUGUUAUGUGUAAUGUGACAACUUCAAAAAAAUAAAAUCCAAUCACUUAUAAAAUGAA